AAUCGACAAAUGAAUAAUUAUUUCUAUAUUGAAAUGCGAGUCGCAUUAUAGAAACUAAUCCAAUUGUAAACGUAUUGUUAAAGAUUAUAACGACGCAAAAGGCAAAAUUGAUCUGAUUAAUAUUUGCGUAUUGUUAUAAUAUGUCUGACGGGUUAUAUUUCUACAGUCAAAAACGUAAUAACUUUUAAUGAGAAGGUUUAAAGCUUCUGCAAUAGAGUCGAGAGUUUCAUAUUAUUAAUAAUGCGGGAUAAUGAUAAAGUUUGUUACUAACGGGCGUAUUAAAAUGAAUCGAUUGCAAUUGGAAUUAAAUUUAUCGUUAUUGUAUCGGGCAAUUGUAUACUAUAGUUCAAACAAUCAUGUAGUACAAGUUGCCUAUUAUUGACUAGGCCAAUUCCCAAUUAAAAAUGCAUAAGUAGCUUUGGUUUUGUUUCACGUUUAAACUACUUGAUAAAAAUUUAUAUAAUUUGGUGAAAACAUUGAUUAGACUUUGGAUUAAAACAUAGGCUACAAUUUGCUGCAAAUUUUUUAUUGUAAUAAGAUAAAAUAGGAGUUGCAACAUUUUAUAUUAAAUUAAUGAAUAUAAUUUCACAAUUUUUAAUUAUAAAUUGGAUUUUUUGUAGAGAAAAAGUUAAUUUUGCACGUGAGUAUCCAGAGAACAAGAUUUACUUCGUGUUUAUCACAUUUUUUGACUCGAAGGUUAUAAAUUUAUAUUUUACAUUGUCUCUGGAGGUUAAAAAAAAGGUUCACCGACGAAUUUUUGUCACCUCAGUAACUCCCCGAACGAACGGAACAUUUUUUCCACUUUUGUAUGCCAUACGUGAGGAUCGUCUGCAGAAAUUUGACCCGUCGGAAUAAAGCCACUGAAAAUGGCCGUGUCAAAAUAUUUGUUCAGUGGAAUAUAUAGAUGCAAACAAUUCCCGUGUGGCAAAACAUAACUUUUUAUUUAAUAUAUCUCGAAAAAAUAUUUCGGAUCAAAUGCGCCAAACUAUUAUCUUUGCCGUUCAGACUUGUAUUUCUUGACAACACAAGGGAACUGCGCUCGGAUAAGCUUUAUUUAAUGCAAGACUAAACAUCUUUACGAUCCAAGAGGCGUAUAUUCUCUUAUUCCGUGGUCUAAUUAAUUUAAUUAACAAUAUAGCUGACCACUUGAUUACAUCCUGGCUGGCUUGGUUGAGUGUUUAUAAAAUUUAAUGCGCAAUUAUGCUAGUUUUCUAUUAAGCUUGAGGAAAAUGUGCCGCGUGACGUAUGCUGCUAUUCGCUGGCUGUACCUGUUGGAUCGUGGGAUGCGCGGGCAGCUGGCUGCCUGGCUGGGUGGCGGCGGUGGCGGUGGCGUCAGGGGAGCAAGAAUGGCCGGAUUGAAUGUAGUUCACCUGCACAGAUCGUGCGAGUGGCGCUUGUGUGCUCCAUUCUCCUCUUGCGUAGCGUAGACGCGUGCAGGUCGAGUAGGUAGGCAUCCAGCCGCCGCGGCCGCUGCCGCCGCCGGUGCUGGCAUCGGUCUCUCUCGCGGAUCGAUACGCUCCGGCAGAACGCGUGGCGCUCGCGCCGACCGUUUCACAUUAUCCGGACGCUGCCUGGCGGCCCCCAGUCUAACGUCGACGGCGCGCUUAUUUUACAGUGCGCUGUCAGUGUCGAGCUCGCGCAGCGGCACUGUGCCGAGGCGCCUCCACCGCAGCUUUUGCUAGUAUGCUACAGAAGGUGAUCUCGGCAAGUGCUACAUCGAUACGUACCCAAAUUUGUGCGAGAUUUAUUUGCUUUCAUUUUUUCGUUUUCAAAACCUAAAAAAAAAACUAGUGCGAUUAUUAAUACACGGUUGAAUCAUGCAUAAAAGAAAACGUAAAUUCUCGCUGAACAUGACGUUAUCGUGCUUAUUACCACUACUCUGACAUUAAAACCACCUGUUACGAGCUGUUUAAAAACCAAGGGACACGAACUUAACUCUCUCAACGACCACUCGGCGACUUGUGCGUUAAUCGACGACGGUAAAAAUGCUGGCAAGGAAUCCUGGCAGAGAGUGAAGGAGCAAGACGGAGUGGGGCCGUCAGAAUGAGCCAUGGCGCAGAUACCGUCGCCGCGCCUGCGUCAUUACAGGACAAUGACGGCCAUUUGCUUCGUGUGCAAUCUACCGAUUCUCUCGCAUCAAGUCGGAUUGAUAUGGCAGGGCGGCAAUGGAUGGGACGACUUGGUGCGCGAGCAAGUCGAAGAAUCGACGAUUCGCCAACGAUUGGGCGGAAGACGCGAUUCCGCAGCGCAGGCAACCAGUAUAUCACCACCGACGGAAACGCAGGAAACAUCGCCGCCGACGUCGGGCCAGCCGAGACGAAGACGCAGCUCGCUUGCUCAGCUUACAGACAUCUUGAAGGAGUGGAGCGGUGCGUCGACGAAGACACGCCGGAAAGCGCCGCUAAGUCGCCGCGAGACACUGGCGGAUUUAGCGCGCAGUUUACCUUGGGGACGGCAGACAACCACAGAUGGCGCGCCGAGUUAUAACCGAAAACGGCGCGAGUCGAGCGCGGAUUCGGGUAUUAAGAGUAUCAGCGGUAAGUCUAGACGGGACUCACAGCAACAUCACACCUUUUCGGACUUCCGGAGCGAGGUGGCUAAACUAUGGCAGCGCAGGGAAUCAACUACGGAGAGAAUUAUUACAGCCAGCUCACCGCCGAGACGAGAUUCGGGCGAGUCGAGUCGAAGUGGACGACGUGAUUCAAUUAGCCAUUCGUAUGGCGCUUCCAGGAGAGGCUCAGGCGAGAGUGGACGCAGUGGACGACGUGAUUCCACCACGCUGAUCACUCCCCUACCUCCUAAGAUAGUAACCGCACAUAAGAAACGUCGUGAUUCGCGUACAAUUAACGACACACCAUAUAAUCGUCAAGAUCAGCGUCCUUCUACCUCCUCCACCGCUUCCGAUUCAACUCCUAUCAUCCAAGUGGUCACUACUUGUACCACAUCAACGGAUAUGGGCACACAGGCACUGCCACCGCCUACCAUUAUCAUGUCCAGCGUCACACCGCCGGCCACCUCACCCACGGUGCCACAGGUGCAGGCGACAACGCCAACGCAUCCACUGCUUUCAACUCGCCGCGAUUCCACAACCCAAUGCAGUGUACGUCUUGGCCGGCGCGACUCACGCAGUCAUGCAAGUCCAGAACGACGCAAUUCACGCCUGCAGCGUCAGAAUACCGCCUACGACGAAAGCUGCCUGCCGCCCGGCGGCUGGGGCCGACGCGGAUCACAACCGACGGCAUUGAGCCCCGAUGUUGACGACACCGGCCGCAAAUCCAGGCGGGACAGUUUAAGCCCCGACUCGGCGUCUCGCAGCCGCCGCGAUUCACGCACCCAUCUAAGUCCGGAUCGGUCGGGCGAGCGCGACAUCAGCCCAAUGCGAAGGAGCAGCCGUCGCCUACGGCGACAAUCCACCAGUAUUGCCGGCCGUGGCCACCGCUCGCCGGAUUCAUCGUCUUGUUCAUCGCGGGAUCCGAGUCCAUGUGCCAGACCUAUGCCCGAACGGGGCGAAUCGCAUAGACCCAUGAUCCGGCGGCAGUCAACCACCGAAGAAAUCCUGAUUGCUCGUGGAUUUAGACGGCAGUCUACUACCGAGGAAAUGAUUCGAUGCCGAAACUUUCGCAGACAGAGCUCACAGAGUGAUGACACGUCGAAAUUUCGAGGACGGCGGGAUUCUUGUGCUCAAAUCACCGAUGGCACCAUUGCAUCAAUGACCAUUGAAACAUCAAGUACGUUUUUUGAUUCGAGCACUCAGACAGAGCCGUCGCCGUUGUAUGAUAACAAUCAUUAUCACGAAGAAUGUCUGCGUUGCAAUUCGUGCGGAUUGAAUCUAACCGGGCCGAAUCAGAAGCGUGCCCGUCGCUUCAAGAAUCACAUUCUAUGCGAUCUGCACUUUGCCGAUGUGGCGCUCAUGGAGUGCUCGGACUUCAUGCAACAGUUGCGUGCGUUCAAGCCGCAAUCAUUGGGCUGCGCUGUCGCGCGAAGGAAGUCUUCGACGACGCUCAUAUUUCCGCUGCCGCCACAAGCAUGUUCCGAUGAGUUUUGUGAGGAAUUUCCGCACAACUUCAUUCCGACGCCAGGUUAUUGGAUCGAAUGCUCGCGCCAGAAAAUCGCCACCGACACGAUCUGGGACGAAAGCGAGUCCGACCACGAGUUGCCCGAGGGCGACGAAGACGACCGCCAUUUGAAUCUGGACGAGAAUGGACACAAAUCAAGAGACCACGGAUGCGAUGAUUUAUACGAAGACGACGAAGACGACGACACGUCAUCGCCGCGUAAGAAGACGACCAUCGAGGAGCAAUGGGAGAAGAAUCAGGCCUUCGAGCUGACGAGCGUCGAGCAGGAGACGUACGAGCGGUACUUUUAUGGCACCGAACAUUGGAAUUACUUCACCAACGAUGAGGAUCUUGGUCCUGUCAUACUUUCGAUCAAGCAGGAGACGCUCAACGGGCGAGAUCAAUUCAGAAUAUUAGUGCGGGCCAUUAGCUACACGGUGCAUGGAUUGAUCCCGGCCAGUUGUGUAUUCGCCGACAGAUAUAAUCGUGAAGAAGUUGUACGAUCCCUCGGCAAGGAAGUCAACAUCAAUCCGCCGUUAACACUCGGUCAGUUACCAGACACGCCUGAGGAGCUUCUCAAAUUAGAUCAGGUUUUUAUUAAAUCGGAACUAAAGGUGGGCGUUAUCUAUGUCGUCGAAGGACAAUACACCGAGGAGGAAAUUUUAGACAAUAACGCAAACUCGCCGCUCUUCGACGAGUUCCUGCAGGUUUUGGGGGACAAGGUUCGCUUGAAAGGAUUCGAUAAGUACAAAGGUGGUUUAGAUACAGUGCACGAUCUUACAGGUUUAUAUUCGGUGUAUACAAAUUGGCGUAACAUCGAGAUCAUGUUUCACGUGAGCACACAGCUGCCGUACGAAAAGCACGACCCACAAAAAUUGCAGAGGAAGCGUCACAUCGGAAACGACAUUGUGUGCGUUGUAUUCCUCGAAGCUGACAAUACGUCCUUUUCACCAUCGUGUAUAAAAAGCCAUUUCCUUCACACGUUCAUUCUCGUUCGCACGUCGCCGCGGAUCAAGCGAAAGCCGACACGCUAUGAGGUGUCGGUUGUCACCCGGGACGAAGUCGGCGCUUACAAACCGUAUCUGUGGGAGCAGAGCGUCUUCGACAAGGGCACCAUGUUCCGUGAGUGGCUGCUGACGAAAAUCGUCAACGGCGAACGCGCCAGCUACUCGGCGCCGAAAUUCGCCCGCAUGCAGGAGCGCACCCGGUCGCAGAUGCUCGAGGACAUCGUGGCCAAUUUGCAGAACCACGCCGAGACCGGUCAAAUUCCAAAGCCGUAUCGGCGAGGUUCCUGGAGGCCCAUAGGUCACAUGCGACCGUCGUCACCUCUACUAGAUAGCGUGCGAGAUCAAUUCGAGGAUUACGAUCAGCUCGCUAAAGAUUUCACUAAGAUGUUCUUAAACGCCGAGGAAAACCUCCUCGUCAAUUCGCAGCUAUUUGACGUUGUUUUCAUGGUCGGACAAUCCAAACAGAAAACGAAAUUCAUUGCUGUUCGAGCGAUCCUCGGCGUGCGUAGUCGCGUGUUUCAAGAGAUGCUCUACGGAAUCCAGACGGGAUUCGGAUCUCCCCAAGUGCCUGUCGCCGAGCUGCUCGCCCGGCCCGUACCCACCCUGAUGAGCCCGCAGCAGUCGCGCACAAAGAGCAGCAACUUCCUGCAAGUGCCGGAUAUAGAGUCACCGCGUCCGAAGAGUGUGCCUAGCUCGCCGAUGGUCCGACGAGCUAUCAGCCGCAUCGGGACCAUUACAGCCGGCUGGGGACGUUCAAUACGGAAGCACAAUGCGCCUUCACUCUCGGCGGACGAUAAAAAGAAAUGGGCCAGCAGCCAUGACUGCUCCAAUAAAGAAGUAAAGGAUAAAGAUAAAGAAAAACCAGCGCAACUUCCCGUACCUAGAUUAAGCGUGUGCGCUGAUGCCCAGAAAGUUGAUCGCGCUAAAUUAGCGCAGACCGAGUUCUCGAUUAUCGAAUUCGAUCCGGAUACAUUUCGAAUAUUGCUGGACUACUUACACACCGGCUCGUGUCCGCUUACCUGCUCGACAAUACCGGGCCUUAUUUGUGCCGCUGAACAUUACGACCUACCCGAACUGCUUCAAGCUUGCUUUCAUCAUGCCAAGCAGUUUCUCAGAAUCGAAGUUGUGUGCUGCAUGCUGUGUUCACUAGAAAAUUAUUACUGGCGCUACACUUCGGCUUCUGAGUUGGUGAAUAUGAUCCUGGCGUUCGUAGAAACGCGAGCUUAUCAAUUGUUCCAAACGCCCGAGUUCUUGACUCUUAGCGAAUCAAUGGUGCAGAUGAUUAUGUGCCGAAACCUGGAGGUGCCCGAGGUGCGAAAAUUCGAAGCGAUGCUCAGUUGGGCAAGGCAUAAGAUCCGAACAAAGACUUCUAGCAAACUCGAUGCCAAACUAGAAUUUAAAUGUAUCAUGGAACGCUUAGCGCGCGAUUUGAAAUUGUAUCGGAUUACGCCCCAAGAACUUAUUAAGGUUGUGCUACCGUCGAAGGCGAUUAAGAACGAGCGCAUCUUGGAGACGCUGAUGUUUCAAGCCAAUUCGGGUAUGUACCGCAUACAGGAUUCCUACUUGAAGGAGUGCAGGCAAAGACUGCAGAAACAAGACUCGCGAUUCUCCGAAUGGGAGUCCUUCGAUUAUAGCGCGUAAGCAUUCAGUACAUUUGCGUAAAUGAUCGCUAUCGAUAUGUAUAAGUAUAAUUUUAUAGCUUUCGAGUUUAUAUUUUGAAAAGAAGUGAUAAAUGUAUAAAAAAUGUUGAUGUACACUUACAUAAUUAUAUAAACUGUUUACAAGACACCAUGAAAAUGAAACAAAUUUCGGAGAUUGCAGGACAAUCUAGGAUAACUCAGACCGGGACGUCGGUGCAUAUAUAAUAUAAAGGAUAAUUUAGCAUUGUUGAUUAUUGUGCUUUCUUCUUUCUCGCACGGUUGUACGUACUAACUUGAGAAAGGCGAUAAAUUAUUGUUAUGGCCACUAUACAGGUUGAAGAGAUGCGUAUUAUACCUUUGUCUUGAAGAACAUUUGAUGCUGGAUGGCUUUUCCUUCCAAUCGAUUUCGUCUUCUUAAUAUUGAACAAAGCAACUGCAUGUGUUAUGUGGUGUGUGAUGAAUACUCGGCAGGUUAUCGUGGACCCUGUCUAUAUUGUAUUCAAUUAAAGAAAAACAAACAAAAACAAAACAAAAUUAACUUGCUGUUGUGUAUGUUUGAUGUUAAUAUCAAUAAAAACAUAUAAUGUAAACGUUAAAUAUAUGUAUAUCUGAUGAUGAUGAUGCAGCGCGAUAUUUAUUUAUAAAAAUGCUAAGCAUCUGAAAGACUAUAUUACGUAAUUCGUAGCUAGCCGAUAAAAUAAAAUUUUUAAAUGUUUAAGAAGAAGAAACAACAUGAAAUAUUUUGAUACAAAUUGAUAACAUUAUCGCCAAACGUAUGCCACAUAUAAAGAAACAACCGUAAAAGUAAACAUCGUAUAAUAUCGAGCGUGUAAAUCAACAAAGUAUAGAUAUACGAGUCUUAAAUGUACAAAAUAUAAAAGAUCAUUUUAUAUUUUUGCAAAAACAUUUCAAAAUUUUAAUGAUUGUUAUAUUAUAUCCAUAUUAUUACAUAUAUAUUCAACGUUAAUUUUUCACACAUCUUUAUUCGAAUUCAUAUUAUAGUUAACAAAUGAUACUUGUAAUGAAAUUAACUAAUCAAUCAUCAUGAUGGAAUAUAUUGUAUAAUUAAAUGAAAAAUGAAAAUGUUGUAAUAUUAUUGUCUGUUGAGCAAAACGCGAAAACAAUGAUUUGUGCCCUGUUAAGUGUCAUUCAUUUGCACGAAAUUGUUUCAUUCGCUUUCAAUGGAUCUUCCAUACUAUUGUAAGCACAAACCAAGAUGUAGCUGAUUGCCACUGUUUAUAAAUGUGCCCUCACAGCGCAAGAGCUGAAUGCGACGAUUAUAUUGAGUUGUUGGCAUUGAAAACUACAAAAUGGAUACAUGUUGUUAAGUUGUGGAAACAUUCUCAAAAUGUACAAUUAAUUAUUAUAUUUUGUACUUAUAUAA